UCGAAUUCUUGUUGCACGAAGUUUUUGAUCGAGGAUGUCAGCAGUUGGUUUGGGAUUACGAAUGAGUAUCUCAACGCGCUGAUCAGCAACAUCCUUUACAACCAGCCCUACGUGUGCGAAUGGUCGAUGCGCUACGCGACCGACGAGUACGACACGAUGACGUCGCUCGCGAUGCGCGUGCGUUCGGCCAGCUCGAGGUCGUGGGGCUUAAAGCUGUCCGAGGUGGUGAACGACAAGGCGCGGCAGAACAAGGAGCCUUCGGAUCUGGAGGAGCGUUACGGCAAGGAACUGCUGGGCGAGGCGGUGCACGACAACGAGUGGUACGACAAGGGGCUGCACGACAACCAGCUGCUGGAGGCGGUGGCGUAUGACGAAGAACUGCCGGUCGAGGAGGUGCACGACACGGAGCUGCUCGAACAAUGUAAGGAGCUGCCGAGCGAG